AUGACCAUUGUUACGACACUCCGCAGCUCCAUACCCAAACGAUCCAUCUUGGUGACAGGUGGUGCAGGCUUCAUCGGCUCCCACCUCGUCGAAGCGCUGCUUGCCGAUGGCUACUGGAAGGUUGUCGUUAUCGACAACUUUGAUGAGUUCUACUCUCCCGAAAUCAAGCGUGCCAACCUCGCAGGCCUUCUGCAACACCCCAACCUGACAGUCUACGAGGCCGACAUUCGAGAUGUACCAGCCUUAUCGGCCAUCUUCGCCGACAACAACUUCUCUGUUGUGGUUCAUCUAGCUGCUCGCGCUGGUGUUCUCCCCUCUCUUCAGGUCCCAGAUCUUUACUUCGACGUCAAUGUCACUGGUACAAUGAACCUGCUGCAAUGUUGCAAAGACUUUGGUGUCAAGCAAUUUGUCUUUGGAUCAUCCUCUAGUGUCUAUGGCCUGGGCGCAAAAGCCCCCUUCUCCGAGUCCCAGAAAACCACACAGCCCAUUUCCCCAUAUGCUGCAUCAAAAUCCGCAGGCGAACUGCUGUGCCACACCUGGUCUCAUCUGUACCAGAUACGCUGUGUCUGUCUGAGAUUCUUCACCGUCUACGGUCCCCGUCAACGCCCAGAUCUUGCCAUCCACAAGUUCACCAGACUUAUCCACCAGGGCAAGCCCAUCCCUCUCUUCGGUGACGGGUCCUCCAUCAGAGACUACACCUACAUCGACGAUAUUAUCGAUGGCAUCUUCGGGGCGAUCGACUACGAAGGCUCACUAUUUGAGGCCAUCAAUCUCGGAGAGUCACAGACUAUCACGCUCAUCGACCUCAUUAGUGCGAUCGAGGGAACAUUGGGACGCAAGGCACUUAUUGAUUGGCGUGGGGAUCAACCUGGAGACAUGCCACUUACCUAUGCGGACAUUUCCAAGGCGGGCUCAAUCAUCGGGUACAAACCCAAGACUCAAGUGCAGCAGGGCAUUGUCAAGUUUGUUGCUUGGUACCUAAACCACAACAAGGUUUAG